UUCGUCAAUCCCGCCAUUAUGAAGCGAUCUUACACCAUAAUCUUGAUGGCCUCGCUGUCCUUAAUAACAACUGAAGCGGCGCACAUGAUUUACGCGCAAAACUGUGGUAAAGAAGAGUACAACCGGUGUAUCGCUCUGGCCGACCCGUUGGUGAAAGAUCCACACCUCAUCUACCCGGGCAAUCUAAAGGACAUCGAUAAUAUAUGCCGCACUUGGACGCUGUUCGUCGAUUGCACAAAGCGGUACACCGAACACUGUUUCGAGGAGAACAAACGGAAAGUGUUUAACAAAGCCGUUGAAAACUCUAUCGAACUGGUCCAUCAAAUGUGCACGUCGCCUCAAUACCAGACAGAAUAUUUGAAACACGCAUCGUGUUUACGAACCACACUGUUCGAGGACUCACGUUGUGGGAGACACUAUCGAUCGUUGGCUGGAUUCAUUUCGAACGAGACCAGUGGACCCAGUAUUUGUUGCACUCAYCACAGAUUCCGAGAAUGCGUGCUCGACCAAACACGGAGGACAUGCAACCAAGACGACGAUUCCUUUACACAACAAUUGUUGGACAAAGCGUUUGGAUUUUUCCGCAACCAGUGUAUAGAUUACGUAUACGAAUAUAAUUGGAUUUUGGAUUUUGCGACAAAACGACAAGACGAUUGGAGACCAGAUCAAAACACCGGAAGCUGGUCGGGCGGACCGUCAACAGCGGCCGCAAAUGGCGAAAGGACGAGCCGUGGGCACACCGUACAAGCCGCGUCGUUCAGCACGCCGACGUGGCAGGUAUCGGCCGCGGGUGUCGGCGGCAUUGGUGGAGGUGGUGGCGUCUCCCCGUCYGCUCAGUCACCCACCAAGAAACCGGACACCACCAGUUAUAUGAGCAAUGUGAUCGACGAGCCCAACCAACAGGGCCUGGCCCAGACUGGUGCCGGACCGGCGCCAAAUGCACCCAGCACCGUGACCAUCGCCGCUACCCUGGCGCUAUUGGUUGUCACGAAAAUCGUCACAUAAUAUCGGAACAAAUUAUUUAUACAAUAUUAUCCAAUAUUACACUCGUUCGCAUAAUUUAUUAUAUUAAAAACUGUUAUAUUAAUAUAAUAUUUUAUAUUUAACAUACUGCAAGAUGGUUCACCAAGUAUGCUCCCUCCCUUUUUACUUCAAUAAUGUGGUUAUCUGAAAUCUGAUUUUUGGAAUGUUUUAAUAUACGUAAAAAUAUUAUCCUCAAAUAUUCUAAUAAUUGUUCAGGUUUUAUGUAGUACUUAAAAAAUGUCCUUKAAAUGUACAAACUCCUGCUUCACAAACAGGGACAAGCCCCCUUUUAAUACUGCAAAUAAUUUAGUAUUUAAUUUUUCUGACAAUAUUGACGWAUCAGAAUUACAUUUCUAWUGAAUAAAGUUUUUGAAUCAUUUAACUUUGUGUAAUUGUUUACCAAGUACCAACUAGGAAUAAUAGGUUCGUGAUAAAUUAUAUGGAAAUUAUGGUUGGCAUUGUGAAAUUACAUUUUUAAUCGUAUUAAUCUAUCAACAAUAAUAAUUUAUAGAGAAGGUACAAUGGUACAAAUAUA